AUGAUGGUUAAUUUCACUUGGUUCUAUUUGUUACUUUUAGCUUCUGCUGCCUCUUUAUUUCCCACACCUCCUGACAAUGAUGAUUUUUAUAAUCCUCCAUCAGGUUAUGAAAAUCAACCAAAUGGCGCAAUCUUAAAAUCAAGACCGGUUCCGCAUACAAUUACAAACCUUAUUAGUUCAAUUAAGAUCGAAGGUGCUUGGCAACUUUUAGUUAAGAGUGAAGAUUCUUUCAAUAAUCCAAAUGCUAUAGUUACCACAAUUUUAAAACCAUUUAAUGCUGAUCCUGAAAAAGUUGUUAGUUAUCAGGUAUACGAAGAUUCUGCAAGUAUUCAGUGUUCUCCUUCAUAUGCCCUUCAGUCAGGUUCUCCAAUUAAUACGUUAGCUACACUGUCUGAAAUUUACUUUAUUGCUGCUUUAUUAAACCAAGGGUAUUAUGUUAAUAUUCCUGAUUAUGAAGGUCCAAAAUCCGCAUUUUGCGCGGCUUAUCAAUCUGGUUAUGCGGCUUUAAAUUCAAUUAGAGCUGCACUUGCAAGUGGUGAAACAACAGGUAUUUCGAAUAUGGCACGCUCCGUUCUUUGGGGGUAUUCAGGGGGAACCAUUCCUAGCAGUAUGGCAUCCGUAUUGAUCUCAUCAUAUAGUCCUGAUAUAGUUUCGAACGUUAUUGGAGUUGCUGUAGGAGGUUUUGUUAGUAAUAUAUCAGCUACUGCAGAAAUUUGUGAUGGUAAAUUUUGCGCCGGAAUAAUUCUGAAUGCAUUAGGAGGAUUAUCAAAUGAAUAUCCAGCUUUUAAGUCAUUUUACGACUCACAAAUAAAUCCAUUAUUACUAUUUAAUUGGAAUUUGAAAGAUAAACAUUGUUUACUUGAUUCAUUGAUUUAUUACUUCAAUCAACAUUUCAUUCUGGGUGUAUUUAGGUAUAUCAGAGAUAGUUGGGCAACAAUCAAUCAAGAACCAAUCAAAACAAUUUUAGAAUCAAACAGUUUAGUUUAUCAAAAGCAACUAGUUCCAAAAGUUCCAAUUUUUAUUUAUCAUGGUACAAUAGAUCAAGUUGUACCAUUUGUUAAUUCAUUCAAGACUUUUAAUCAAUGGUGCGAAGCAGGUGUUGAGUCAGCUGAAUUUGCAGAAGAUUUAACUAAUGGGCAUAUUACGGAGACAAUUGUAGGCGCUCCUGCCGCACUUACAUGGAUUAUUGAUAGGUUUAAUGGUGUUCCUCCAGUUAAAGGUUGUCAACAUACUCAAAGAUUAAACAAUUUCUUGUAUCCAAAUAUUGCACCAUCAAUUUUAACCUAUUUCAAAUCAGCAUUUGAUGCAAUUACUGGUAUGAAGUUGGGUGGAGAUGUAACCAAAGAUCAAAUUUCAAUUGGUGCCUUACAAGGUUUGAUAAAUUUAAAUUUCAAUCACAAUUGA